UUGAUUGGUGUAGAAGGACCAAUCGUUAAACCAUCGGCUUAUAGGCAGUACUAAACCAAAGAACUUCCGGCUGGGCCAAAGGUCGAGGUCCACCGAACUUUUGAUAGAGGAGUGAACACCACAGUGAUUGGUGAUAAAUAUUCAGUGCCGAGAACUGCCUGGCUGAAGAUGAGCGGUAGCGGUAUGUUCGAGGAUCCUGCGAUACCCUUGGUGGGGAAGGCCGGCCCCGCCCCGAAAACCCCCGUCUACGACAGCACGAACGACGUCCCGAAAGAGAAGCCCCAAGAACUUUCGAAAGGGAUGGGCUACAAGCUGAGCCGGCGCAAGCGACUCGUCAAGUAUCGGCGUCUGAUCGUCAACGUCCAGUUCAGCCUGGCCAUACUGGGUCUCGGUCUGAUGGUCAUCACCAACGAGAUGUACAUCAACAACGUCUUCCAGAAGGAGUCGGUGCUGUCCAUCUCCUUCAAGCUGAUGAUGUCGGUCAGUACCGUGCUGCUGUUGGUGGCUGUCUGCGCCUACCACGUGGUGAGCGUCAAGCUAACGAUGACGGACAACAACCAGGAGUACUGGCGCCUGGCCGUCACGCCGUGGAUGGGUUUCAAGAUCGUCAUUGAGCUGCUCGUCUGCGCCAUCCACCCUCUCCCCGGGAAGAUCGUCGUCCCGUACGAGGACCAGAACGGGCAGACGAAAGAGGUCUCCGUGGACGCCAUUCUGUCUAUCCUCAUGAUCCUCAGGCUCUACAUGGUGGGCAAAUUCAUGGUGGUCAACAGCCGCUGGACGCAGGACAUGUCCACGCAGAGCAUCGGUGCGCUCAACAAGGUCCAGAUCAACACGGUGUUCAUCUUCAAGGCCCUGAUGUCUGAAAAGCCGGGAACGAUGCUGAUCGGCAUCAUCGGCGUCCUCUUCAUCGUCAACAGCUGGGCGCUGCGAACCUGCGAGGCGUACUACCACCCGGCCGACAAGCAGAGCAACAUCCUCAACGCCAUGUGGCUCAUCUCCAUCACCUUCCUCACCGUCGGCUAUGGGGACAUCACGCCCAACAGCAACUGCGGCAGGUUCAUCGCCGUGGAGACCGGGUUCAUGGGCGUGGGAACCACCGCGUUGCUGGUCGCCGUGAUGGCCAACAAGCUGCAGCAGACGAGAGCGCAGCGCUACGUGCACACGUUCAUCUCGCGGAUACAGCUCGACAAGAAACAUAAGAACGCCGCCGCCGACGUCAUCAAGAACGUCCUCAUGAUCUGGACCAAGGCUCACCGUAACCAGCUCACGCCGAGCAAGCGACUCCACUACCACUCGAAACUGGUCGACGCGAUCCGGAUGAUGAGGUCGACAAAGCGUGACAUGGCGACAAUCGCCGAGACCGCCGUCGGCAUCAUCGAGGUGUCGACGUCGGUGAACGAGGUCUACAACAUGGCCGAGACGAUCACCGUAGAGCAGAAGGACAUCAAGACCAGAAUGGUCUCCCUUGAAGACAAAAUAGACCGAAUAUGUCAAAAGUUGGAAGUAAGCUCGGAUCCAGACUAGACCUUUUACAUUCCGUAACCCAAGCAACUAUAUAACCCCCCCCCCCCCCCCACCCACCCCCCUCCCCAACUUCCUCUUCAACAUGUGAUACAGUGAAUAUCGUUGCCAAAUAAAAAUGCAUGCCAAAUCAGGCUGUCUAGAAGUAGAUAUUAGUUCUAUGAAACAGAUAAAAGGUCAUCCUCAAAAACAAGGUCUUUGGGGUAUGUAUAUCUGUAAAGCGACCUAAUAGUUUAAUAGUUUAAAGGCGGGGUCACAAGACCUUUGACCUACUUACAGCAGAAUAUCAUGGACUUGAAACAUAUACAGUGUUAUAUUGUCUUCAGUACCAUACGCUGAUAUUUGCAUGUUUUGAACAUCUAGCAUUGUAGUUAAAAGUCUACGAAUGUUUUUGUUUUUUUCUUCUUCUGAUUAAUGGAUACGUAGCCUUAAUUCAGUUACAUACCAAAUUAUCGACACCAAGUGGGUUAUAACAAUUACCUGUAUGUACCUGGCUGAAGGCUUGAAAUACUAGCUCUCGUACAGUGGAGACCCAUGUAUUAACCCAGGUCACGUGGCUUUCUCAUUUUGAUGAUGUAAUAAUUUUAAUAGUUAAAUGUAGAUAUACCUUCAGGCAGUAGUGGCUCGACUAUCUAUGCCAUCCCGCCUUUAAGACUAAAAUUGUUUGAAGGUGUAUUAUUUUCCUACGAUUGUCUUUUUAAAAAUAUAUAUACAUGUAUAUAUAUAUAAUAUUGCUGAAUUGUAAAACAGGGGGGAAAAAAGAAAAAGUUAGUUCGUGGCUUUAAAAUCCGUGUCUGGUCACAGAAAGUAAUAUAUUUUUAAGGUUGGCGUUAUUGGUUUGUGGCUAUAUAUUUAAGAAUGUUAAAACUGUGAUUUGUAUAUAAUUAUUGGCUAUACGCGACAAUUGUUGGCUAAUGGAUAAAAGCAAAAACGAAGACAUAUCUGACUUGCCAAAAACAUCGAUGCUUUUGUGAAGUGCAUGAAUAUAUUCAUUAACGUUUUGUUCGAGUGAUAUAUUUUAUGCACAAAACUAACACAAAUGAAGACAAUUUAAAUACAGUUUUAAUUGAAUGUUGUAUUUGCCGCUACUUUUAAUCCGAAAGGAGACAGGAUGUUUGAGGCUAUCCAAUUCCUCUGUGUUAUACCUAGCUCUGUGAAGGAACGUACACACUGUGCAAUUGAUCGGCUAAACAGCUUAGAAAUGAGAUGUGUUCUAAUCGUUUCUGAUUACUUUACAGCUUGUAGUGUGCAACUAAAAUGGUUACGAUUUCGCACUACGCUACUGCAUGCAUGUUAAUAUAUAUCGGACAGUGUAAAAGCACCUUUAAUAAAAUAGCAAAAUUUUACACCAAACCCUAUAUUAUAAGGCCACUCAGUAUCCACAUUGUGAUAUUUCGUACAACAACCAUUUGACACAAAUGUUGACAUCAACUCUAUGUUCAGGUACGCCUUGCUUGGGCAUUGAGAACAUUUUUCAUCCACUGAAGGUUCAAGCACUACUGCGAUCAGUGCUAAAACCCAUGACAGGUUCAUGUACGCCUUGCCUGGGCAGUGAGAAAUGUAUACUCCCACUAUUGGUCCAAGUAAACUGUAAUUGGGCAAAGAAAAUUGUUUACAAAAGCUAUAGGUUCAAUAACGCCUGUCGUGGACUAUAAGAAAAUCUUACACCAUUUACAGGUUCAAGUACGCUUAGCUUGGGCAGUGAGCAAUACACAAAAUGUUUCCACCCACUAUAGGUUGAAGAACGCCUUCCUCGGACUGUAAGACGUUGUUACAUGCACUGUUGGUUCAAGUACGCCUGGCGUGGGCAGUGACCCACCAUAAGUCCAAGUAAGCUGUCAUUCGAGCAGUAAAAAAUGUUUGCACCCACUGUAGGUUCAAGAACGCCUGCUUUGGACUUUACGAAAAUCUUACCCCAACUACAGGUUCACGUACGCCUUGCUUGGGCAGUGAGAAAGGUCCAAGUAAGCUGCCGUUGAACAAUGAAAAAUGUUUACACCCACUAUAUGUUCAAGUACGCUUGACUGGGACAGUGAGAAAUGUUUAAACAUACUGUAGGUUCAAGCACGCCUGACCUGUGAAGUACUUAUAACCACUAUAGGUUUAGGCACUUUGGCUUGGGCAGUGAGAAGUGCUUACCACCACUAUUAUAGGAGCUGAUACUGGGAACCAGCCAGUCCUUGAGUUCAUGUGUUAACUUAAAGGUGCCGAACCUAGUUUCAGCCCGUAAAAAUGGACACUUAAUUUAAUAGUUAAUCUACAAACCUGCAACACACACUUGGAUAUGGUUAUAACCGAGAGAAGCUAAAGUCUGUGAUGUUUAAACAGGGAAAUAUUGUUUAAAAAUAACUAGAGCUUGUCUCAUUAACCAUUACUUUUUAAAUGAACGUGCGUUUUAAAAAAAAAAAACACCUAAGGUUUCUCGCGUUAACUAAACCGCGACCUCAGUAUGUUGAUUUUGUAACCUGGGGCCUAAUUCACUAAAUUCUCGCAACUUUGCUUUCUCGCAGAGCAGUGUUAAAAGACUUGCAAAGAGGAUGCUUUGUUGUCUAGCAGAGCCUAAGAGACCUUUGUGAAUUAGGCCCCUGACUGCUUUAAUAUAGAGGACAUGCGUGUGUAUACAGAACUGUCCUUUAUAGAAAGGUGGUUGUUAUACAAGGUGUUCAUUAUACUAAUACAUGUUUUCACUCUAGUAAGAUAUAUUAAGGGUCUAGUUACAGUGUUACACAUUACUUUAGUGCUUUCCAAAUUCGGGUAACAUUUGGUUACGGCCAUUUAUGUUCUUUCACAAUACUUUAAAACGAAAUGUAUACAUGUAUAUGUAGUAUUAUAUGCUGAUUGUAUGUAUCAUUCUUAGCAUGGCAUUAUUAUCAUCACCAUCAUCAUCAUCAUUUAUAUUGUUAUUGUUGUUGCUGCUGUUUUUAUUAUUAUUAUUAUUAUUAUUUAUUAAUUUAUUUAUUUAUUUAUUUGCGCGGGUAAGCAUGACGUGUUAAACCCCAAACUCGGAAUAUAUUCAGGGCCGUAGCUAGGGUGGGUGGGUGGCUUCAAGGGGGCAAUUUGCCCCCCCCCCCCCCCC